GGACCCCAACAACCCCAAUAACCCAAAUAACUCCCAGCAACCACAAAACCCUGCACAGGGGGUUCCCCAGUUUCCUCAGUACUACCCAUCCUUUUCAUUUCCCCAGCAACCAAGAAUGCAGGGCUACCCCUACUACAUGUCUUACGGUUACCCCAACAACCCCCAGCCUAACCAGAACAACCAGGUGAACGGGCAGAACCAGCAGAACUUGGAGAAAACCCCUCAGAAACCACAGCUCCCACUACAGCAGGCUGCCCAACCUCAGGCACCAGCAAAGACAUGGCCUAAAGGAUUCCAGACAGAGGCUGCCAACCCUCCACCAGAUCACCGUGGAGACACAGCUGACCCUGGCGUAGAUGAGGGUCGUCCCAACUUCGCUUUCCUGUUUGAGCCCUAGAAUUGUAUGUGGGGAAAAGAAAAUUGAGGGAUCGGCACAUCAAUCUCAUAUUCCUACUCCUAUAUUAAUUAAAGAUAUGUUUUCAGUUACAAUAUGAUACAUUUUCUAUUGUCAAAUAAAUC